UCCAUCCGUCUCCACAGGCACUGUACUGGGAGGGGAGCGUGUGCUUUUUCUUAGCAUACUAGCUUACAGUGGUAUGGCACGGCGCUGCCUCUCGGCAAACUCGUCCCGGCAAAGGAGGUAGAGAAGCAACAAUGUGAAGAGGUGUAUAUUAUGAAGUAGACAAGUAAAGGAGUGCUUCUUCCAGAGUCAAUAUGUGCAGAGUGUCCACAUCUUGAUUUUUAUAUCGGGAGACACUAGUCCUACCUCUGUCUGGGAUUCUGCCAAAGAACAUCAAGAAGAAGUGGCUGGACUGUAGCUGAGUCAUGCAUUAAGAGGUACGAAGUUUGGGUACAAACAUUGUAAGCAUAUCAUGGUAAGUCACAGUAAGCCAUUGCCAUAACUACCUAACAUAAUUACACAAGACCAAUAUAUUGCUUUCUGCUUUGGAAAUUGCCACAGGUUUGCUAUAGGGUUUUCUUGCCCACCUGAAGUUUUCAGAUGAGUUUUAUUUCUGCUUGUUAGCAUUCAUACAAGCAAGACAGCUACUUAAUUUCAGUGGACUGUGUGGAGAGGAGUAGGUAGGAGAACAGAUAGACAAUAGGUGGGAGUCUACUGCUGAAUUCUUUACAGGUCCUUAUAUAUUUGUAAUGUUUCCAAUGCUUCAUAAACUGAAGGAUUUUCUACAGUUCUGAAAUGUAGAGUAUGUGUGACUUGCUGAGUAGCUGGGCCUGCAGCAUAAGAAUUUGUUGCACUUACCAUUUGUAUUGUUUGUCACCCUUAUGGCCUCUCCUAAUUCUCAUCUUUCAUUCAGCUGAGGAUGACCGCAGGGAAUGUCUUUGGAAACUCAUCAGCAAUGCCGCACUUCAGAAUGUGUUCUGCCCAUCAAGAUUGGAACACCCUACCAGUACAGAAUUUCAAUUUAGCUCAAAGUACAAAGGGCUUAGGUUUAAAAUUGAAUUUAUAUAUGUAAGCCUUUUUAAUGUCUUCAUGACUAUGGUGAUUUACCUCAUAGAAUCUGCCAUGACUAAGCAGUUGGGGGGAAAUCGUGAAGGCCUAAGUGCUCCAUUUGGUAUGCCUUGAUGUCAGUGCGGUCAGGGAGCUUCCAGGUUUUUUUGACCGUAUCUCUUUUCUGGACUGUUGUUCUCUGAAGGUCUAUUUUUUUAAAUUAUAAAAUUGUGCCUGGCGAUAUACAGUGAAAUGAGUCUUAAAAGAUUCGUUCACACCCUAGCCUACGGAUUCUCUGCAUUGGCAGAUACAAUCCAAACGUCCUUUGGCAUUUUGUUCUGCUUGAGCCCAAAGCUUCAGUGGCUGGUAGCGUAUGCUUUAUUUCAAGACGUUUGUGUUAGAAGCUCUCAAGACAGGGACAAAAAUGACUGGUGAUAGCAUUUCUUAGCAAUACGUUUAUCUACAGGAAGCUAUCAAUCAUUGCCUUUGUUAACUCGUGUUAACCUGACUGCAAAGUGAUUUUAUACUGUGUGUGCUUAGUAAUGGAAGCAUGCAUUACAUGCUUGAAUGCGGUGAUUUUUAGGGGGAGUAAGAGAUCUGUGCCGUGGCAUAGGCCGCAGCAGUAACACCAAUAAAAGCUAGCAGCAGUCUUUCCCGGAGGAAGAUGUUUUUACCUUUUUUCGGCAACAGACUUCGGUGCAGACCGUUCGUAACGGCUGUUGCCGUGGCUGUUCCCCGGCAGGGCAGAAACAGGCCUGCUGCGGGUGCUCCGGCCCCUCCUCCUGCGGCAGCCUUUGCUCUCCUGCCCUGCGCCGUGACUGGCGGCACCCCUGCCCCGGGCCCAUCGGCAGUGCUCCCGGGCGGCGGGCAGCGGGCGCGGACCCGGCCGGGGUUCGUCGGUCCCUCGAGUGAGGCCGGGGGCGGGGCGGCGGGCGCGCGUGUUGCGGGCCGCUGCUAGGAUACGCGCGGCGGCAGGAGAGCCCGGAGGGGCAACGGCAGCCCAGGGAGGUGGGGCGGCCGCGGGAGCCUCUCCGGGCGGGCACCUUCGGCGGCCGGUUCUCUCGGCUGCUCGGGGAGGCCUUCGGACGGUCUCGUCAGAAAAGGCUUCCCCGGGGCCUCGAGCUCGGUUCGCAGAGCUGCCCCGCGUCUCGGAGUGAAGCUUGGAGCGGGGCGCGGCGGGAGGGGGCCGCGCCGCGCCGGGCUCGGCCGAGACGGCAUGGACCUGGCCGUCAGGGAGCGGCUGCUGGCGGCGGAGAGCCGCCGAGAUGUUCAGGCUCUGAAGAACGCUUAUGAGUUGAUCAAAUCAGCCAGUCAGGGAAAAUCUGCACUUGACUCAUCAGAUAACUUCAGCACGGACUUAUAUGUUUUAUGUGCUGAACAAGCAUUUCAGCUGGGAUAUCUGGAAAUGAGCAGUGACUGUCUACAGAUGUAUUUUAAAGCAAGAUUUCCUGUGAACCAGUUUCUUGGCAGAGCGUAUUUGUGCCAAGGCCAGUUGCACACUCCACUCUCUACAGAUAAUUUGGAAGAGUUUGAAAAGUUUGUGCUCUUUUUUAUGAAGGCGAUAGACUUUGCCAGCCAUGAUCGAAGAUAUUAUUUUCUGAUAUAUAAUGCCUCAGUUCUUUACUGGCAACUUGUGAGGCCAUAUCUUAAGCCUGGAUUCCGCUAUUGUCUUAUUCCCAGCCUUUCUCAGAUUGUUAAAGUGUUAAACCAAACUGAAGAGCAGGACAAUGAAUGGAGAGCAGAACUCAUGAUAAAUUUACUUGAGUGCUUCCUCGAUGCUUCAAAACUGAAAGAAGCAAAAGAGUUUUCAUCUACUGCAGCAAUCUUUAUUAAGGAAAAUGUUCCAGAUAAAUACUCUCAGAUAUUUUCUCUAAUGGUAUAUCACAAACUAAUGGAUAUUUCCCAGGUAGAGAAGGAAAUACAAAAUUCCAUCCAUUUUCUGGUUAUUUAUAAAAUGCAGAUGUUAAAAUUGCAGUGGGACACAAAUGAAUUUCCAAGUGAUGCCACCGCAAAUCUGAAUUCUUUAUAUGUACUUUUGAAACAAUAUGAUGUACCUCCAGCGUCUGUUCUCAGUGUGAAGAUUCCUUUGAUUCUGGAAUUAGCUCGUUUUUCUAUGAAAGUAAACUGCAUUAAGCUUGCAUAUGAUUGUAUACUUGAUUUGAAGAGAGCUGGGAUUACUGAGCAAGGGAAACUUAUUGAAAUAGAAUGCCUGGAAUGUGAAUAUGAAGUAAAAAAAAUCGGCACUAAAAUUGUGACAUAUACCAAAGGAGUCGUUGAGACUCAGCUGGAACUGAUUAAAAAUCUUGAGUUAACCUUAAAACAUGCAGUUCAGUUGGGAGAUCCUGAAGUGAUUCAGGUUGUUUCUGCAACCCAGUGGAAUCUGUGCUUACCACUACUACAACACAAUUUGCAUCAACAUGUGCGAAAGCCAUUGAUAUCUGUUGCUGAUGUCCUUGAAGAGAUUGACAGCAUGUUGACUUUGUUGCGUUGCCAAGUUCAUAUGGAAAUAGCUCGUAUUGAAGAAGAUGGGGAUAGAAUAGAGGCUGCUGUGGAACAUUUGCAAAAAGCUAUACAUCUAAACAACGGUGGGCAGUAUCAAGAACAUCUAAGAUUGAUUUUUAACCGUCUUCAUUUGCACACAAUGCUGUAUAAGUCACCUGAGCGUCUAGAGGAUCGGGCAGUAAUGAUGAUUGAACAGGCUAAAAGGGGAAAGCAGAAGGAUAAUGUGAGGAAAAAGAGGUCCCUUCUGGUAAAUGCAGGUCUUGCACUAGCUCCUGAUUCAUUUCAAAUAGUCCUUGACAGUGAAAAUGAAGCUAAAGUUUCCUCAGGUAAAAGUAGGAGUCAAAUAAGCUACCUCUGUGCAAAAGCACAACAUCAUAAUAAAAGCGUGGAGAAAGUUGAUGAACAUUUGGAACACUUAAGAAAUGAAGGUGACAGAGAGAGAAUUAUACUUUGGGCAGAUUUGGCAAAAGUUGCACGUAAACAAGAAGUAUGGGAUGUCUGCCGCGCAGCAUGCAGAUUUUGUCUCUUGUAUGAUGAUACUUUGUUUAGGAAGGUAACAAAAUCUAAAAAAACACAGAAGAAGAAAGCUAGUACAACUACGAUAGAUGAUGAUCAAUGUGACAGCUUACCAGGAGAAUCAUUGCUACCUGCUAAAUCCUUCUCUUUUGAAAGAGAUUUACUCAGAAUAUUAGCAGAAAUAAGAUUCAUUAAUGCAGAGGCAACUGUUCAUUUAUUAAGAUUGCAGGGAAUUGAACUGAAUGAUCAUGCUGUACCUCCAGAAGGUACAAGCCAGUAUCAUCCAGGAUAUGGUUCAUAUCUUCCCGAAAGUGAUCCAGAAUGGAAAACAUACAGUGUAUGGAUAGACUACUUAUCUCGGUAUGCUAUGGAAAACUUCCAACGUGCAGCCAAAAUAGGAGAAGAACUGAAUGAAGCCUGGAUCGUUCACAAUGCUGUGGUGUAUAUCUUAAACUACAAUAGACAUCUUAUCUCUUCAGGAAGACAGAGGGAAAUCAUUGAGUAUCUGCAGACUCUUCUUGGAGCCAUGAAGACUGUUGGGCACAAUGGAAGUACUGUGAUUUUAUUGAUGUUAUGUAAUGCAUUGGCUCGGGGCUUAAUUCUUUGUUGGAUUCCAAAGCCAAAACUUGCUGAGGAAAAAAAAAAAGAUGCUGCAGCAAAAAAACAUGAAAAAGCAAAUGUCAUCCAGCCUUUUUCAGUAGAUCCCAGUGGACUUCCUGAUAUCAAAGCUGCCUUAGAGAUUUGUGAAUUUGCCCUAAAUGUGACAACUGGAACCAUACCUGCUGAAACAGUACCUGUUGCUGCACAACAACAGAUCAUUGCUACGUGGGUGAAAGCAAAACAGUUAAAUCAGCAGCAGAUCAGCUGUAAACUUGGAACUGAGGAGGAGAAUAAUGAUGAAGCACAAAAUCCUAUGGCAAGAAUUCUUGUUGGUCUAGAAAUGUAUUCAUGUAAUGGCUUGGGUCUCAUGGAUUUCACUGUUCCUAGCUUACCUCAGUUAGUGAAAUUGGCUUUAGAAUGCAGUUGGUCAGAUUCCUUAGUGGAAUUGCAGACGCUGACACGACUAACAUAUUUUGCAUAUGUAUCACAUGACUAUGAAAUAGUGAUGACUUGUUCUAAAAGGAUCUUGCAAUCAGAUGAGAAUUUUUUCCACAACAGAGAUACUAAAAAAUAUGAAAUGCCUGGUAACAGACUGAGACAAGAAAUGUUAAGCACUACUGCCUGUAUACAAGGAAAGAGUAUAAUGGAAAAUUUGUCUGGAAGAAAACAUUUGCGUGUAGCAGCAUCAAAAGCCUUUGUUCUGAGUGCCAGGUACGCAGGUGAAGCCGGAAAUUAUUCCCUUGUAAUGUUUGCAGCUAGACACUUUUGGAAUACAUGUUUACCUUUGCUACAUUCUCCACAUGACAGAGAGCAUUUUGAAGAACCUACAGAAACAAUUCUUAAGAGCAUAAUUAAAGCAGAAUCUAAAAAUAAACAGGAGAAGAAAGAUAUGUUGCCUUUACAUCAGUGGAUUACAAAGGAUUUUCAAAGUAUUGGGUUUUCAGUUGAAUGCUGUCUCCCAGGUGCUGAGGAAGAUCUGACACUAAGAACCUCCUUAUAUGUGUUAUUAUUCCACAUACAUGCUGAUAAAGCUGAUUGGGAGACAGCACUAAAAGUCCUGGAUGAAGCUAUUCAAGUUUUGCCUCAGACAAGACACAGGCUCCUGAUUUUUAAACAUAUGGCUACAGCGAAGGCAAGAUUGGGAUGCAAUUUUCUGAUGGACAUUCAGAAGUUCAGAGAUGAAAGUGAAGAUUAUUUGUCACAUCUGUGGCGCCGUUUGGUAACAGUCUCCAGAAGUAUUGUUGGACAGUUAAGCUGUUUUCAAAAUGCAGUCAUUGCUUUACAGAAACAAGAAAAUGAAUGGCAGAAAGUUGAUUAUCUGCUGGAAUUUGCUGAAUGGUUAUAUUGUAAACAGUUUCCCCUCAAUGAUGUCAUUAAACCUCUGGACUUGGCAGUAGAUCUCUUGCUAUAUAGAAAAUUUUCCAUGCAAUCCUCACAAGCAGAAGACGAGACAGAUCAGACAAGUACUUCUGGUGUUUGCAUUGAAAAAGAAAAUUUGAAGAUAGCCAUUGGAGCAAAUGAUACCAUGCCUCAAAUUAAUUUGGAAGAUUUGAGUAAUAUUAAACAACUGGAAGCUUUGUUUAGAGCACAGACAUUAAUGGCUUUAAUUUCUGGUCAUAGUUCUCCUUUUCAUCAGCGGCACUGUUUGAUGGCAUAUGCUUGUAUCAUCCGUAUCUGGCAGGUAUCAUUGUCAGCAUCAGGACCUAUUACAAAAGUAUUAUCAAAGUCUUCACAACUUACAGCUCCUCAGAAGGUACAGUCAAUAAUUGCUCCUAAAAAUGAGAAGGACAGACAGAAAAAGAAACAAGUUGAAGUUUCUGUUGUGAAAGAGAAACCUAAAGGGAAAGGAUCAGUUGAUACCUUACCUGCAAAUGUGGAAGAAUGGGCUUAUUAUGACUGUCCCAAAGAAAUCAGAGAUACUUUUAAACAGAAAACAAAUAGUUGCGGUAUUAACUGGGAUAAUUUCCCCAAACCUACUUGUACUUUGUAUUUUAUGGACCUUUUAUCUAAAGAACUACAGAGAAUUUUUUGCCCCCACUUGAUUCUUCCCAUCUUUCAGCUAGCUGAAGUUAUUGCUAAUGAAGUUGUGGAAUGUAGAAGUCUGUCUGAUCUCUAUCACCUUCGAAUUGCCGUGAUAUGUUCAGACCUAAAACUGAGUCAGGCAUCUUUGUAUCAUGAGGAAGCUGCUGGAGAAGCAUACAUUAGUGAAUUAGAACAAGCAAUGUGUAGGCAAGAGAUUGCACUGAAAAAAGGAAAAGAAGUACAUACUAAGACAGAAGAAAGAAAAACGUUUUUUGAAAAUGCUCAGCUGAAUGGUAGUAGGGUUGAGAAUAUCCCUACUUCAAGUGAAAAGGUUUUUGAGUUAAAUGUGGUAACAGGAAAAGGACUGAGUGCACUUUCUUUCCCUUACUUGUGGAUAGAAAAAGCUGAAGUACUAAUUCAGCUAGGCUUGUACCAACCAGCAAGACUUCUCCUUUCAGAGGCCCAUGCUGCAACUCAGGAAUUGAGGGCCCUGUAUGAUGUGUCAAGGUGCUUGUACUUAUUUGCUGUAUUGGCUAACCUGGAAAGAAACCACGGACAAGCUAAAGCAUUCCUUGAGAAAGCACAGCUUCUAGGAGGAAAUGAACAGUUUUGGUACAACAGUACUCUUAGUCUAAUAGAUGCAAUUCUAGAGGAAGAGGGGGAAGGAAAAUGGAGCAUGGCUUGUGAGAUACUGGAACACACUGUAAAUGUGCUCAGAUCUACUUUACUGAAGAGACCUAACAGACAGUCAGAGUUGGGUUUUAUAAUUGCAUCCCUUGAAGCCAGGAAAACACUUAUUCAGAUACAUUUUACCCAAGAUUGUAUGACAAUUAAUGCUGAGUCUUGUCAGUUGCCACAUAUGCUACAGGAAUCUUACAAUAAAUUAGUUCAAAUUGAGAAGGACUUCUUUCAUUAUGGGCAUAAAAACUGCAGUGCUGAGAUACUGCUAGAAUGUGCAAAUAUUCACAGGAUGAUUGCCAAGCAGGAAAGAAACGAGGAAGAAAAACGUAGUCACUAUCUGAAUGCUUAUAACUUAGCUCAGAGAGCAGUAUCCAAAACAGAGGAAGUGUUUCAUAAUGUUUGUAGCUUAUUUGCAGUUAAUGAGACUACAAAUAUUAGUAUCCCAUUAAUGAGGCAACUAGCUAACAGGAAAAUAAAUCUUGUAGAAAUUCUUUUGGAUAUUUUUCAUCUUGUUAUAACUGAGAAAAAACUUAAAGAAGUGGGAGAAGCAUCGUCUCAUAAAAUUGUGGAGGCAUUCAUCAGGGGAACUAUUGAAGAUGGUGCAACAGAACAGGAUUGGAAGCAUAUGGAAUGCACUGUGGGUCAUAUUACACUGGCUCAGUUAGCAAACAUACAGAAUCUUUGUAAAGGCUGUCCUGACAUCAAAUCCAAAUACCUAUAUCUCACUGGAAAAACUCUUCAUUUACUUGCCAUUAAUGUAGAUCCUGUACAUCCAGAGAUUUACUGGAAGCCAAAUGUUAUGGAAGAAGCUAAAUCAGACAUCGCAAAAACUUCCCUGACUUCAGCAGAAUGCAGUGAACAGGAAGUGAGAGACAGCAGUUUACUGACUAAUAAAUGUCAAUAUGAUAAGUAUAGGAGGAAAAUACAGGCAUUAAAGAAGGAACAUAGGUUGACUCAGAAAUAUCUUUCUCAAUCCAGUGAAGCUUUGCUACAGUGUAUGGGUAUUGCAUUCAGUCAUAAUAUUACUGAUGUACUGGCUCCUGCUAGUUUUGAAAUGGUCGAAUGCUUUCAACAAUUUGAUCCAGUUUCAACUAGCCAGUUUUUGGCACUUCAUCAGAGCUGUUCAGCGUCUAUGAUGAUGAAGAGUAUCCUUCUAACAGCUACAUCUAACACCAGCAGCUCUCAGCUGGCAGCAUUACUGCAUCUUCAGAAUCAUUUAAAACAAAACAGAAACACAAGUGAUCUUCUAAAAAAUGUGGAACAGCAACUGACUGCUACUUCAAUGGCAUGGAGAAAUCUCUGUAUUCCUGUUGAACAUUUUAAUAUAAUGGAUGAAUUGCCGUCUAAUUUCUACAUAAUUAUUCUUCAGCAUUCAGAAGACAGAUCAAAUUUGUACAGUUCAUUGAUUGAGAUGCCAAAAGUAAGUACUGCGCAGCAAAAAGGAAAACCCACUCAACCAAAGGUGCAAGCGAAAGUUUCUCGAUUUCCUGUGAAUCCUGAUACGUUUUGUAUUUUGUUGGAAAAAGUGCGUCUUUACAAGCAGCAAAAGAUGAAGAGUCAUCUUAAACAGACUGUCAUUCAAAACUUGCAAGAAUGUGUCUCCAAAACAGAUAUGACUCCAACAGAGAAAAUAGAUGAUAAUGGAUAUGAUUUGACAUCAGAUUUCUCUGAAAUAUUAGAAAUUAUGGAAGAAUAUCUGAAACCAGUGCUGUCACAGUUUGAUUUUUCUGAUACCAGAGAACAGAGCACAUCAGUUUCAGCAGCUGAAUCGGGAAAAAGAAAAUUGAAAGGUACACCUAUGGACUUAGGAUUGUGUGUGGUAUUACUAGGAGAUACAUUCUUUAUGGAAUUGCCUUUGGAAGCUCUGAGUAUCUUUAAAGGGGAAGGAAUUAGUUCUGUAUCCAGAGAUUUUUCUCUCCAGAUCCUCUACAAUCGAAUACAUCUGGCUGAGUCAGAGACUGAAGUUAAAACAGAUGUUGAAAUAUCUAAAGAAACAAAACCAAAAGCUCGUCAGAAAAAGAAUGUGAAAACGGCACCAAUUAAUAGUGAUUUACCCUGUAAUUGCUUGCCUGUUGAUACUAAUAAUUUUAAAUAUAUUGUGGACCCCUAUAAUGAAGGAAGACAGGCAGGAACUUUAAGUCCUUCUCAAAAAAUAAAGGAAAUCCUAGAAAAAUACCAUUACCUAUUUACACUACAGUGGGAAGGAAUUAUUGGCAACAUACGUGUUCCAAGCCAAGCUGAAUGGGAGCAGCUGCUGACAAACUGCAAUGCAUUUCUCUUCUAUGGAAUGGAGAGAUUCAUGUCUCAUAUUUUACUCAACAGACUGGUUGCUAUGAACAUCCCAAAAUGCCAUUUGGUGAUACUUCUAGAUCUGGUACGAUCAAAGCAGAGUUAUCAAAGAAUCACAAACUCUGGUAUCCACAAAAGUUAUCUACGGCUUGGUAUAGAGAGACCAACAGAGACAGCAAUGCUUCUAAGCCUUACUGGUGUUCGUUCUAUAAUAGCCAACCAGUGGUACACUACCUUGCAAGAGAAUGCAGAAAGGCUAGAAAUUUUGUCUGAGAAUUUGUUGAGCAUUGGAAGAACAACUGGGCAGACAGUCCAUAUUCUUCAAAAGAAUAAGAUUCACAGGGAAAGGGAUUCUAUUAAAAUGGAAGUGGAUGCUCACAGCUCUCCUAGAGACAAAGCAGAAGAACAGACCAUUCACACUUUCUCAAAUCUUCCUGCAACUCAUCCAUCAUUUUUUAAUUGUGUGCUAUAUGGUUUACCCAACAUAAUUAUUAUGUAAUUUGUGUCAGACUUUUUGUACUAAGAAUACCACUACACUGUGCGUAGGGCACCCUUUGCAUUUAAAAGUGUGGCAGAUACUUAUUUCUAUAUGGCCUAAGGAGAGGUGAGCUUAAGAAAAUGUAUGUUUUGCUGAUAGACUGAUUUCUGUUUCAGAUAUAAACAGUUUGAUAAGUGUCAGGAAAAUAUCAAAGAACAUUUAUUUUAGAGGUUUCAGUUAGUACUCUAAGGUUUUCUGAACUUGGUGAAUCCCAUAAAAGAAUUUGGUGAGUACCAACACAUCUUAAAGGAAAUUAGGCUAGUAUUUUUGGGCAUUGAUGCAUGAGUGGAAUUGGAAUGUAUCAUUGUCAGUACUUCCAUUUGGAAAAACUUUUCCUUGAUGUAUUUUAUUUUUACAUGGAAGAUUUAUCAGGAGAACAACUGAAAAAUUUACCAAGUCACCUUAUUCUGAGUGAAAUUAUUUUAAAUUUUUAUAUAUCGGUAGUUGUAGUUUAAUUUGGAAAAAAGGUAGUAUUACAUAAAAUGUUUAGUAAGUUUUGCUUUCUUUAUUUCCCUAUAGUUUUUCUGAAUAACAUGUGAAGAUAUAUUAAAUUAUUCCAAAAUCCCAAACAAGAUUAUUACGUGUAUAGAUUUUGUCACAUGCUGUUAAUCAGCAAUGCAUUUUUAAAAUACAUACUUUAAAACUUUAUUUGUAGUGAUAACAGUAGAAAUAAAUGUAAAAUAAUUUAGCACUUAUGGAAAAUACAAACCUUUGACCAUUAUUGCAACUAAAACCAUUUUAAGACUCUCUUUUUUUUUUCCAGUAAAAUGGUGAUGUCUGUUUCCUGUGAUACAUUUUUUGUGUUCCUGAUAGAGCAUUAAAAUGGCACUGAAAAGAUACUGUUCUUGGCUACCUACUGUGCUAUAGUUAAUUAGAACCUGGUAAGAGAUAUAGGGCUAUAUAGACAAUAAUUACAAAAUCAUGACAUGUAAAAUACUUUUUUUUAUGCACACAAUAGAAUAUAAAUUUGUGCUUCCUUCCCCCUUGCUCUCACAAUUUAAUUAGAUGACCUUAUAUGAACUGCAGCUGCUCUGCCAAACUGCAUUCCAUAACAUGCAUGAUUUUUAUUCCCUUUAUACAUAAUUUUCUUCUUCAUUUAGACACUGGACAUAUAUUUUUUAUGGCAUGUAUCUGGGCAUUUGGUAACAAUACAAAUUAAGUAACGAAGAGAUCAUAGACUGCACUUAAGUUAUCCAGCCUGAAAAUUAAGGAUUCAGUGUAAGGUAUUUUCAAGUCUCUGAACUUGCCAUGUUUCACCAGAUACUGGCAUGAGUCCCUUUCCCCAAGUUCUUGCAUUUAUUUGUUUGUUUAUUUUUAGGUCUUACCAGGUACCUUUUCAUUGCGUCACUAUUAUGCAGCUGCUUUUUUAAAAUCCCAUGCAUGGUAUUUGGGAAGCUCAAGUAUUUCUCAGUUUGAAGAAGCAAUUUCCCUUGAAUGAAGCAAAUGUCCACACUUGUUGUUCAGUAUAGCAAAUGUCCACUAUAUUGUUAAUUUAAUUAUUUCCUAGAUUAAUUUCCACAUCGUUCUCCCACACAUCCAUUGCUAUGAAAUUGUAUUUGCCAGCUGUUAAUGGCUUUUUUCCACCUGGAAUGCCAUCUUUCUAGUGCUGUCUCUUUUUCUGUAACAUAAAAGGCUUUGAAAAAUAGUGUAUUCAAUGGGAGUCAUGAAGCCUUCUCUGCCCUGCUACAUGACAGUGUUCAUGAAUUUGUAUUAACUUCCACUUUCUUGAGAUAAGAAAUUUCAUAAAUAGUAAAGUCCAGAAAAGUUUUGAUGCUUCGGAAAUUACAGUGUUGUUCUGUGAGAAUAACCCAGGGUAAAAACUGCAAGAUUGCAAAGGUUAGAAAAACCAUUGAUGUCCAGGUACAAUGGGCUUAUUCAAUAAUUUACUACUAUGGUUUUAUUUAUGAAACUGAUGGAAAUAACUUAAUCUACCAAAGUGGGUUUUCUCCCAAAAUAUUCCCAUUUGUAUUUGAUACUUUAGCUCUAACUACAUUGCAACAACCUCUGUCAGAAAGAUGAAUGAGUAUGACCAAAAAUUUCUUUACGGUCUGACAGCACUACUUGAUCAGAAAGCAUUGAUAAAGAGUAAUGGCCUUAUCCAGGAAACUUCAGACACGUAAGCUUUACUUGUUGAGAGUAAGAUAUUUGAAAUACUAAUCAGAGAAGCUGUGGCAGAAUACCUACAAGUGGGCAAUGUAUGCUGGGUAAGUAUAGUAAAAGUGGAUGGCAUGCAUAAUUACAUAAUAUGUCUGAUUGACAUUUCUGAGGCAUUAAAAAAUAAUUGAGUUACGGCCAUGAAGUGUAGUCAUAACCAAAUUGCCUGGGGUAUUAGGAGAGUAUUCUCUGUAUUACAGUGCUAAAUACCAGUCAGUAAAAUCAUUAAUAGUAGUAGGACUACAUGAGUAGAUGAUAAACUGGACUUCAGGUGACAGUGGAUAUGCAUUCAGUGACAUAUGAAGACAUCUAGUUCAUUCCUUCAGGAAUUAAUACUGGAAAUAAUAUCUUCUUUUCCAUUAUAUGUUUGUAGCAAUAUGCAGUGACAUGAUUGUACAAAAGUAAAGAGUCACUUCAGGAAAAGAUAUAUAGUAGAAUUUGGAAUGAUUUCAAAAGAAAAAGAGCAUAGACAAAUUAACAUAUUUUAUAUUUCUUUUAAAUUUACAAUGACAAUUUAACAAAGAAGAACCUGCUUCGUAUGCAGAGGAAGGAUUCAGCAGCUGAGCUGAUACAGUUUUAGUGUUCAGAAUGCUUAUCUUUUAAAGACAGUAAAUAUGAAUGGAACUCAGCAAAGAAAGGUUGAGAAGGAAUGCUGUAUAAAAUUUCUGUUUCAGAACCUGAUUUGAAUAAGCAACUAAAAGCUUAAAAUUUUCUGAUAGUCUUCAGAUUGUGAUUGAAAGUUUAGGCAGAAGGACUCCUCUGUGAAGACAACAUGAGUUUUAAUUAGGAAACAUAAAAAGACCCCACUUAAAUGGACUGUAAUAUGCCUAACAAGUCUUGGCAUUUAAGAAGCUGAAUAAGUCCUAAAUUUACAUCUUUGUCACACACACAAACAUUUCCUGCAAUUUAGAAGCUUUUGCAGAAAUGUAAUAGUUCUCACUUAAAAAUUUUAGAGUCAGCCAACUCUGUUCCAAGAAAUGGGACAUGACAGAUAGUUUAGGGCAUAUUUACCAGACCAAAUUGAAAUGUUUCAUUUAUUGUUGAGUCAUUUGACCAUCAGCUGAGAAUUAUAAGGCAGCGCCUACUCAGGUGGAGUCUAGAAUUAGGGGAGAGAGUGGGAGUGAAAAAACAAAAGAGAAAAAAUAGAGAGGUUCUCAGAUAUCUUCUCUGCUGAUGGAAUGAAAUCCAUGUCAGGUUUGAAACAGACUGUGCAAAGGUCUGGGUAAAUGUCAUCUCUGUUCAAGUCAAGGUUCAAAAUAAAAAAAAAAAACACCACCACCACCCCCCAAACAAAACAACAGCGAGGUGCUUUCAAAGCAAAUUAUGUGGACUAACAAUAGCAAGAUAUCUCCCCCCAGAGUGAGCCAACAGAUGGUGGCAAUGAAAACAAAAGAAAUCUGUGUGCACCACAGAAGGAGCAAAGAAGUGUAUGUUUAUCUUGUAGCAGCCUAAUAUAUGAGAUCCCCAAGAGGAUCCUUGGCUUCAAAUUAUUUGGAGAACUAAAUAGUAGCAUAGUCAUACAAGGUGCCAUACUGAAGGUCUUCAUUCUUUAACAUUGAAUAUGAAAUGAGUAGACCAAAAUUUCCAGCUGCAGGUACAAAAAUGGAAUUAAGACUGUUGAUUUCAUACAAGAUUUUGUACAGAAAGAGUACUCCCUAAGAACUGUGAUGGAAAUAGUAAUGAUGAAAUGCUGAUGUGAUUAUUUUAAACUAUUCAUUAAGUACAUACAAAUAGCAAAUUCAGGAUGGCAAGUCCUAAUAUUAAAAUUGUAUAAAUAGAAUCAUAGAAUCACAGAAUCGUUUGGGUUGGAAGAGACC